AUGGUGCCGCGACCCGGGAGUACUACUUCGAAUGACGGGCUAACAAUCCAAGAGGCAUCGGUGGCAGGUGCGCAGUCGGCUGGAAGGUCGCCGACUGCAAGAGAGCACAGUGAGAGACCGGUCGCGUCGUGGAGCUCUGAGGGAACCUUCACGACAGGCCACGGGGCCAGCGACGACCAGGAGGGCUACGAAGAACAGUUUGCUGUUCCCGAUGCGGCUCCCGACGAGGGAGCCGCGAAGGGCCGUGACGCAAGUCGCGGUCCUACCGGUCGAAAGCCUGCAAAGACCGACGACCAACAACAACCCACCGCCAAGGCAGCCACGAAGCCCAAGUCGCCCAAGAAGAAGAUGAAGAAGCUGCGCGCGCCGGACUCGGCGGAGGAGUCGCUGUCCAAGCCGCAAGGCAAGGACACGGGACGUCAGUACACCGUCGAUGAGGUACGGUACGUCGUGGCGCGCACGGAGCUCUUCCGUCUGCUAGAGCAAGACCCAAUCUUGGCCGCGCCGACUCUCUUCCAGAUGCUGCGUGACUCGGGGUUCGUGUUGGGGGCUUUCGAGAUGGAGAGGAUGUGCGAUUGGGACCUCAAAUCUUGGUUACGGGCGAUUCGCGUCGUGCAGGAGCCCUUGACGAUUCUCGCCGGAUCCGUCAAACAAGACGCGCCGGGUCCCUCGGCGGACCCAGCCCAGACUUCGACGACCACGCCCUCGCCACCACCUCGAUACCAAUCAAGCGUGGGCUCCGACAGCAGUUUCGAGCCGCCUAAGCGCAUGCCCAUGAACCGGCCGCCGCGCGUCGUGGAGCUAUCCGCGGCGCCCGCACGCACAGAAGUGACGAAACCCGCCGAGGAGGUGCUUCCUAAGGCCUUGAGAGAAUCUAUCAACAAGCUGAUGCAGACGACAGUGAUGAGCACCCCACGCGCCGAAACAGCCGCAAUCCCGGCGGGGCCGAAGCCGCCCGUGAAUCCUGCACCCACGGUGGCUCGCCCCCAGGAGGCAGCGGGUGUCGCCAUGGAGUCGGUCAGCUCGCGUUCUUCGACGAGGUCCAGAACUCGACGCGACGCGGAUGAAGACCCCGACGACCUGUUCGACUUGGACAUCGGAGCGCCAAGAACCGCAGCCGCCGUCUCGACGGUGACAGCCGGCGGCGUAGGCCUCGGUCGCGUACGCCUCUCAGCAUCUUCCGAGCUGAAAGAGUUCUCGGGACGGGACGCCAGCGGAGAGAAAGCCAGACUGUGGCAGUUCAGCGAUCUAAUGAGCGGCCCUGCGCGCCAAUGGUAUCUCCAGUUGCCCAGGAAGUACUGCGGCAAGGGCGUGUCAAUGGCCAGCCGCUACUACCAUGCGGCUCAGCGCCCCGACGAGACCCCUCUGAAUUACUUGUACCGGCUCAACGUCGCGGGCUUGAGGGCCAACAUCCCAUACGCCGAGGGUACGACUGAAGAGAAGCGCGAACACGUCGAGCAUUUCAUCCGGACGCUGAACACGCAGGAGGCCGAACUCGCCUCGCGUCUCACGCUACUGGAGGUCGCCAACUCCGAGGCGCUGGAGAAGAAGCUGCGUGCCCGACAACGUGGAUUGGCUCACCAGAAGAAGACUCUCUUCUGCUCGAACAAGUUCCCCCAAAAGGCGCCGACCCCGCCGACUCAGCCGGCGCGCGCCGUGCAUGCGAUUCACGUUGCGUCGGACGAGUACAACUCGGAACGCGAAAGUCGCGACAGCGACGAUCGCCAGUACGACCAAGACGAGGAGGACGAAGAACGCGCCAAGUUGUUCGUCGCGGGGCAGGCCCCGCCGGGAGAGCCGGCGCGUCACAACUUUGAUCCCAACGACUCGGGACGCGAUCGUCCGCGUUGUCGCCACUGUGGUUCUCGUCGCCACGCUGAGAGAGACUGCUGGAAGUUGUUGACGUGUCAGAAGUGUGGUGACCAGCACCCGACGGAGCGAUGCUUGAGGGUGUGCAAGGCCUGCGGUGACGUGCACGAAGCCGGAGAAUGCCCGAUGGAGGAGUUCUUCAACCAAUUGCGCCAGUGGUUUGACCCGAAUAAACACGCGGGAAUGCUGCCGCCGGCCGCCGAGAAGAUGUUUCCUAGUUUAACAUCUUCUCGGCGGCUCGCUGGCUUGGAAACCAUCCGUCCAACGACCGACUGCCUGAACGUUCGUACGGAGCUGUACGAACGAGGAGCCGAGAACCUUUUCAUGAGCGCGGAGGUGCCCAUGGAAAGCUCCACUUCGCCUGGAACUCAUGUUGCACGCGCUGACUGCCUCCACCUGUCGGAUCCAGAGUGGGAGGCACUCCAACGACUGUCAACAGUCAUUGGGGAGGCGGCAGUAGCUGCGAUGCUGCGUACGCUAUCGCCGACAGAGCAACAUGGUGGCUAA